AACCUCUGCGGACAGUGCUGUCUGUCUAUUUCUGUUCUGGUUUAACAGGUUUAAGUUCAGAAGAAAAAACCUUCCCCCCAGGCCUUUAUCAAAAAGCAAAAUUGAAAGAAGUUUCAGAACUUCUGCUCAAGACGCUUGUUCAGUGGAGGAACAAGAAACAUCUACAUCGUCAUUAUUCAUGCUGUGAAUCAGUAAAGGAUGAUGGCGUCUGUUGAAGAGCUGCUGUUAAACUCACUAAUGAACCUGAUAAACAGUGAUCUGGAGGUGUUUCAAUGGCACUUAAAGAAGGAUAAGCAUAUAUUCAAUUCAGAAUUGGAUAAUGCAGAUAGAUGUAAAACUGUGGAUAAGAUGGUAGCAUGUUUUGGACCAGAAAAGGCUUUGAAGAUCACGGUGGAGAUCCUGAGGAAGAUGGACCAGAAUGAUCUGGCUGAUCAGCUGGAGAACAACUACAAGCAAGGCUCAACUGCAAACAACAGUCAAGCUACUCUUCAUGAUUACACAGAGACCAGCCGCAGACUGAAAGACAAAUUAAAACAGGACUACAGGCGGAUAUUGGUUGGUAAUUCAGAGACAGGUCAUCAGAAAAACCUGAAUGAUAUCUACACUGAUUUAUAUGUGGUGGAGAAUGAGACUGGAGGAAGAGUGAAUGAACACGAGGUGAGACAGAUCGAAUUGAAUCUCAAACAAUUUGAUGCCAAAGACACACAGAUCCAGUGCAACAACAUUUUCAAAGUCCAUAAGGGUCAACAAAACAGAAAGGUGCUGACAAUGGGGAUCGCAGGAGUGGGAAAAACUGUCUCCGUCAAUAAAUUCAUCCUUGACUGGGCUGAAGGAAAAGAAAAUCAGGAUAUGGCUUUCAUUUUUCCUCUGCCGUUCCGUGAGCUAAAUUUGAUCACUAACAACUGCAGUCUCAUGGGACUGCUAAACAAAUAUGUCUUUAAUGGUACUGAGGAACUGACAUCUCUUCCUGAAGGUGAUGGCAAAGUUAUGUUCAUCUUUGAUGGGCUGGAUGAAUGUCGCUUCCCUUUGAGCUUUAAAGAGGGUGACAGAAUAACAAAUGUUCAGAAAAUAACAACAGUGAGUAAGAUAGUUACAAGCCUGAUCACGAGACACCUGUUUCAUUCUGCUCUCAUCUGGAUCACAUCCAGACCAGCAGCAGCCAGUCGGAUACCUCGUGAAUACAUUGAUCAAGUGACAGAGGUGCGAGGAUUUAACGAUGAGCAGAAAGAGCAAUACUUCAAAAAUAACAGCAGUCCUGAGGUCGCUGGAAACCUCAUCAGUCACAUCAAGAAAUCCAGGAGUCUGUACAUCAUGUGCCAUAUUCCCGUCUUCUGCUGGAUCUCUCUUAUUGUUCUUCAGCCUCUACUGGCUCGAGAGAGCAAUGACAAAACACCAACAACUCUCACAGAGAUGUACACAAGCUUCUUAAUUUCUCAGAAGCAACAGAUGGAAAAAAAAUUCUGUGAUGACCCUGAGUCUUUUGAUCAGAUUAUUCUGAAGCUUGGGAAACUGGCCUUUCAACAGCUGGAGAAAGGAAACCUGAUAUUCUACAAAAAGGAUUUUGAAGAAUGUGGACUAGAUGUUAUCGAAGGUUCUGUGUUCUGUGGGUUAUGUACUCAGAUCUUUCAGGAGGAAAAGGCUGUUUCAGCAAGAAGUGUUUUCAGCUUUGUACAUCUUAGCGUCCAGGAAUUCCUUGCUGCUCUUUAUGUGUUUUUGAUGGGCAAAGAUGAGAAAGCUGACCUAUUUCCUCAAUCCUUGAAAGAAAAACUGGCAUGGAAACUGUCCAAAAAGCCACUGUUUCAGCUUCAUAAGGCUGCAGUCAACAAGGCUUUACAGAGUGAGAACGGACACCUGGACCUUUUCCUUCGGUUCCUUCUGGGUCUGUCACUGGAGUCCAAUCAGAGUGACCUGAAGGAACUACUGCCAGGACUGGAACUCAAAACAGAGACCGUUGAAGACACUAUUGACUACAUCAAAAAGAAAAUAAAGAAGGAGAAAUCAGUAGAAAGGACCAUCAAUCUCUUCUACUGUCUGAGCGAAAUGAAAGAUGACUUUGUGGAGGAAAUCCAGAAGAAUCUGAGCUCAGGAAUACUUUCAGCACAGAAUCUCUCCACUGCUCAAUGGUCUGGUCUGGUGUUUGUGCUCCUGAUGUCAGAAGAGACUCAAGAGAUGUUUGAACUGCAGAAAUACAGAAGAUCUGAUCAAGCACUGAUGACACUGCUGCCAGUGAUCAAAAACACCAGAAGAGCACUGCUACAGUGCUGUAAUCUCACUGCUCAGUCCUGUGAAAGUUUGUCUUCAGUUUUACAAUCUUCAAACGCUGUUCUGAGAGAGCUGGAUAUGAGUAACAAUGACCUGCAGGAUUCUGGAGUGAAGCUUCUUUCUGAAGGACUGAAGAGUGCAAACUGUAAACUGGAGAUACUGAGGUUGUCUGGCUGUAUGGUUACAGAGAAAGGCUGUGGCUAUGUGUCUUCAGCUCUGAGUUUUAAUCCCUCACACCUGAAAGAGCUGGAUCUGAGCUACAAUCACCCAGGAGAUUCAGGAGUCAAGCUGCUCUCUGAAAAACUGGAGGAUCCAAACUGCACACUGGGCAAAUUCAAUGUGGAUUAUGGAGGAGAAUUCAGGAUUAUAGAAGGACUACGCAAAUAUGCCUGUGAUCUCACACUGGAUUCAAACACAGCAAACACUCGUCUCAUUCUGUCUGAAAAGAACAGAAAGGUGACAUCUGUGGAAGAGUACCAGUCAUAUCCUGAUAAUCCAGAGAGAUUUGAUGGGUGUCGUCAGGUUCUGUGUAGAGAGAGUCUGUCUGGACGCUGUUACUGGGAGGCUGAAUGGAUUUUAAAUGCUGAUAUAUCAGUGGCAUAUAAAGGAAUCAGCAGGAAAGGAAGUAAGGAAAACUGUUGGUUUGGAUUCAAUGAAAACUCCUGGAGUCUGAACUGCUCUGAUGACGGAUUCACUGUCUGCCACAAUAGUAAGGAAACUGGCGUAGGUGUCCCUUCAGGCUCCUCAAAAAGAGUUGGAGUGUAUUUGGACGUGUCAGCCGGCAUUCUGUCUUUCUACAGCGUUUCUGGCAAACACACACUCACACACUUACACACAUUUACCUUGACAUUCACUGAACCCCUCUAUGCUGGAUUUGGGGUUUCUGUGUCAGGCUCCUCGGUGUCUGUGUCAGAUUGAAAAGCCUGGAGGCAACAAGACAUCACCUAACUGAUAAAAAACACUCUUCCUUUAUAUACUGUUGUUCUGUCACUUACCCAGCAUGCUUUACAUCUGCAUGAGCUCUGACCAGGUUUUUGUCUAUUUAGGU